GCCGCAGGAGGCGCUCAGCAUCCUCUCACGGAGCUGCAGAAGAAGAGGAUGAGGAGCUCGGAGAUGAAGCCGCCACAAAGAGGUUCUGGCGGGUUCUGGUGAGGAGCACCGUGCGGAACCGCGCGCAUUCAUGGCUGAGGAGGCAGCAGGAGCCCGGGGCGAUCGUGGGGGCGAGGAAGAAGAGAGAGCCGUCACCAUGGAAACCCCCAAAACUCCAGUCUACUGUGUCUGCAGGAGACCAGACAUCAACUGUUUCAUGAUCGGCUGUGACAGUUGCUCCGAAUGGUUUCAUGGUGACUGCAUCGGCGUAUCAGAGAGGGCCGCAAAGUCCAUCAGAGUCUGGUUCUGCGUGUCCUGUAGAGAGAAAGACGCGUCUCUGGAGGUCAAAUACCGGCAGAAGAAGAGUAAAGAGAGAGACGAUGGAGAGCUAGAGGGAGACAAAAGCAACAAAUCGCAAAAUAAAGACGGGAGCUUCACCCCCCAGCAGAAACUGGACGCAAGGCGGGGCUCACAGAUCAAGCGUUCAGCCCGCAUGUGCGGCGAGUGUGACGCCUGCCUGAGGACCGAAGACUGCGCUCAGUGUGACUUCUGCAAAGACAUGAAGAAGUUUGGUGGCCCCAACAAAAUUCGUCAGAAGUGCAGACUCCGGCAAUGCGAGGUCCGAGCCCGGAAGAUGCUUCGAGUCAAAGACGAGGAGAGCUCCUGCAGCAUCACCAGGGGGCGGGGCCUCCCCAGGAAAGGGGCGGGGCAACACAUGGAUGAAGAUGAGGAAGAGGAGGGCUUCAGUGAGAGUGAGCUGGAGCUGUAUGAACAAUACAAGGCGGCUGGGUACAGAGACCUGGUGUGGCACAGUGACGAGGAGGAGGAGGAGGAGGAUCUCCAUCUGGAUUCUCUGAGGAAGAAAGCAGUGAAGGUCAAACACGUGAAGAGACGGGACAAGAAGCCCGAGAAGAAGAAAUCCGUUUCUGCCCCGAAGGAGGAAUCAAAGCCCCGGCGACACAAAGUGAAGCAGCGGCACAAGGAGCGUGUGCGCCACAGUGAGCGAGCAGGUGAGGGUGGAGCUAAAGAGGUGGGCGGGGCUCUACGGCAGUGUCUGGGUCCAGGUUGCACUGAGCUCGCCAGGAGCACCUCCAAGUACUGUUCUGAAGACUGCGGUAUGAAGCUCGCCGCCAAUCGGAUCUACGAGAUCCUUCCGCAGAGGAUUCAGCAAUGGCAGCAAAGCCCCUGUGUUGCUGAAGAGAUGGGCCGCCGGCAGCUCGAGCGAAUCCGGAAGGAGCAGCAGGCGGCGAGGCUCCGCCUCACACAGAUGGAAAAACGCUUCCAUGAUCUGGAAAGUAUCAUCGCCACCGCCAAGCUUCAGCAGGUCCAGGAGCACGAGGAGGUAACUGAGGGGGACGGCGACGACACAGACCUCCAGAUAUUCUGUGUGUCCUGCAGUCAUCCCAUCAACCCAAAGGUGGCACUGCGACACAUGGAGAGAUGCUACACUAAGUACGAGAGCCAGACCUCCUUUGGUUCCAUGUAUCCGACCCGCAUUGAGGGAGCCACCAGGUUGUUCUGUGAUGUCUACAACCCUCAAAGUAAAACCUACUGUAAACGGCUGCAGGUUCUGUGUCCAGAACAUUCCAGGGAUCCAAAGAUCCCAGCAGACGAGGUGUGCGGCUUUCCUUUGGUCAAAGACGUGUUCGAGCCCACUGGAGAGUUCUGCCGGGUCUCUAAAAGGAAGUGCAACAAGCAUUACUGCUGGGAGAAGCUGCGGCGAGCCGAGGUGGACCUCGAGAGAGUCCGAGUGUGGUACAAGCUGGAUGAGCUCUUUGAGCAGGAGAGAAAUCUGAGGACCGCCAUGACCAACCGUGCAGGUUUGUUGGCUCUGAUGCUGCACCAGACCAUCCAGCACGACCCGAUUACCACAGACCUGCGCUCGGGUAAAGACCGAUAGAGGAGCAACACCGGAGCGGCGCCGACCUUCAGAUCUCCUGGAUGAAGUUCAAGGUUUAGUUUAGGUCAACAAUCUGGACGUGGAAUACGUCAUAAAUAAUAAAUCUGAGUCUGAA